GUUUUUGUUUUGUUGUUGAGAUGAGACACAAGCGCGCCUUCGCCCCUUGUGCUCACUCUCAUCUAGCACCCAUCAAAGCCUGACCAGGGAGUCAGUUGAUAAGAACAUCUAUCUGCAUUUCUCUUUCCAAAGCUCGCUCGGGCCUACCGAUUUCACAGCAGUGUAGACCAACCUCUGUGAUAGAGCGGUGACAGCAGUGUAACCUCUGUGGUAGACUACAAAGUCUACGAGCUACAGCGGCACCGCCACCUCCGCUGCUGCAAGACGCCACAUUCUGUGAGGUUAUGAGCCUCGCUUUACGCGAACACUAGGAGCUGCGGACGUCACGACGGAGGUCAAGACAUCCUACUACUGCUGUGGACUACAACAUCCGUCUGUGGACUUCGAGCGGAAAUCUGGAUUCGGAGAUUUGGGAGAUCAUCAACGGUCAGCGGAAACGAAAGUGAGCGCACUACUUGGUCAUCUACACCAAGGGGCUGAGAGUUCAUUAUACACACACGUUAUCACUGCUGCAACAGCAGUAGUGGGUACCUCUGUGGUGAACAAACAGCAAAGUGUUGCGCGGGAAGCCUCGAUUUAGACAUCGAGCAAAUACUUCUGCGGCGGAGACAGGAGGGAAGACUGUAUCAACAGCGAAAGUCGACCGGGAACCGUAGUCCUAUUCACCGAUUCCCUGAGUGAGGAAAGGGUAUCAGGAGCGGGGUCGCAAAUUGGCCUACAACCGGAGUUCUAUUCACCGAUUCUCUAUCUAGGUGAGAAAAGGGUUUCAGAAGCGGGGUCACGAAUCGGCAACCGGAGUCCUCUAUAUCAAUAGAAGGAGCGGGGCUGGAAAAAUCUCAGCGACAGAUAGCUGAGUAAUACACCACCAAAAUAUUCAAGGCGAGAUCAUCAGGAUAAAACCAGAAAUGGAAGCAACAUCGGAAACUGGAGGCGGAGGCAGUAUCUGGAGUGAUGGAUCCACAAACCUGGCCAACGUCAUCAGAGGACUCCCCAAGUUCGAUGGAACGAAACCAGAGGACUUCAACGACUGGAUGAAGAAAUUGGGUGUAGUCGUCGGUGUUACUCGGAGGGACAUCAUGCCACUUCUCAAGGGAAUGCGCAGGCCUGAUCCCUCGGACACCACCUUCGCCGCAUACGAGAGAGCAAACGAAGACCUCUACGCAAUCCUAUUCUGCCUCGUCGAACUGCCGGCUGCACUAACCGUACACAAGCACGAAGACGACACCGGCCUUAGCGGCGACGGGCAGGCAGCAUUCGCGGAACUGAAGGCCAACUACAAUCGAGUGACAGAUGAAGUGAUCAGGGCUAAACUGGACGACCUGGAAAGGACGGUCAUGGAGCCAGGAGAGAACCCGGACGAUUUUUUCAACAAGAAACACCGCCUCCGCUCUCAACUAGAGAAAAUGGGGGAAACCAUCUCCGAUCGCCGCUUCAAGGACAUCUGUGUGCAAGGUUUCUCCGAGGACUACAAGGACAUCAAGAUGAUGGUUUUCCGCGACCCAUCAUUCGACGUACAACAGAUGCAAGCCACCAUGCGCAACAUCUUCCUUGACGAGCAAAUGCGCAAGAGAACCAAGGGCCAAAUCGCUGGCCGCGGAUUCGCCAUGGCUACCAAGACAUCUGGCCCCAUCUGCUUCGAGUGCAACGAACCGGGACAUGUCAGGAGGAACUGUCCCAAUCGCCAGCGGGAGGGCCAUAGGGCAAAGAAGACGAAGCCUGCGGGAGCAACCAAGUGGUGCUCCGUCCAUAACACCACUACACACUCCGACGAAGAGUGUUACAACCAAGGAGCCAAGCGACCAGAACGCACGGGCAAGGCCUUUUCUGCAUGCACACACUGCGUGCACUGCUCAACCCAGUCAAGAGAUACACACGCCAAGCCUACCACAACGGAAACUCCUACAGAAACAGAGAAGACCGAGAAGGCAGAGAUCGACUUCUCUUACGACGAAGAUGCAUUCAAGGGUGGAUUCAUGUACCAUGCUACAUGCAGCAAGGGAAGCGGACGCACUUUCACGACAACUGCAACUGGGACUUCCGCGCUGGUGGAUUCUGGAGCUUCUGAGACAAUGUUCGACGACCGCCUCAUCCCGAAUGGACGUCUCGAAGAAGAACGCCCGACGCCCAAGAUCAUCGACGUUGCAGGAGAAAGCCAACUACGAGGCACUACCAAUGGGAUCCUACACUGCACCAUCAAAGACGACAAAGAACAGCAACUACCCGUCAAACUACAAGGUCUCAUCGUGCCAGGACUAGGCCGGAACAUCUUCGCACCAACGGCCCUUCUCAAGAAGGGCCUCCGAUGUGUCCUGGAAGACAAGACCCCACACCUCACCAUCGGCGGAGAAGUCGUCGUUCCUCUGAAACAAGAGACUCAAGACCAAGGCAUGUGCACCCUCGCCAUCACAUUCAAGGGCGAUCCAGCGUCGACAAGCAAGACACCCCCGAACAACCAAGAACCAGGGCGCAAGCCGAAGUUCCGAAAACAAGAAGCGGUACAGAUCGAUCACACACCGCACGCGACAUGCUCAGUGGCGAUGAGCGUGAGCGCCGACCUCUGGCACCGGCGCCUCGGCCACAUCAAUCCACGUGCUAUGGAGAUUUUGCGGCGCAACCCCGCCACAGGUGUGAAAUAUGACGGACCUGUAUCCCCGUGCGACAACUGCCAAAUCACGAAGCACAAGAAGGCUCCCGUCCCGAAGAAGACCAGCCGUGUCCUGACCAAACCAGGCCAACUCGUCCAGUUCGACAACAUGGGACCAAUCGACCCGCCUGCGAAGUACAACGGACGCACCUACUCCUAUGUCGCCAAAGCAACCGACGUCUUUACCAGAAUGCGGGAAGUGUACCUACUGCGCGACAGGACCGAAACCACGCAAGCUCUGCACGCCUACAACAUGCAAGUAGCAUCUGAAGGCUACCGCAUCGAGGUUCUUCGCUGUGACAAAGGGGGAGAGAACACUGGGGACAAAAUGCGCAACUACUGUAGGGAGUCUGCGAACAAGCUGGAAUUCGCCGCGACCAACACGCCCCAAGAAAUCGGAGUGUCAGAAAGGGAUGGCCAGACACUUGCGGCUGUGACUCGAGCUCUACUGCGCGAUGGAGACUUCC